AUGGAUCAUAUAACCAAUAUCCCCUUUAGUUUAUAUGAUAGAAAAGACAGAUUGUUCUGGAACUAUAGCAAGUCUGGGGUUUACACUAUGAAGACAGGAUAUGUUGUUGCAAAGGGGCAAAGUGAAAGUAUGAACCGAAGCCUAGCACAUGAUCCGGAAACCAGCUGGGAAAUUAGAAAGCAUACAGUGUGGAAAAAAUUGUGGGGCUUGAAUGUCAAGGUGAAACUGAAACACUUUUUAUGGAGAUGUAUGCAAAAUGGACUGGCCACUAAUGAAGCUCUCUACAAGAGAUUAGGGAACGGUAACAAGAUAUGUCACUGUUGUGGAGAGGAAAUUGAAACCAUUGAGCACAUUUUCUUCUUCUGCCCAAAAGCUCAAGUGGUAUGGAAGUUAGCUCCUGUAAGGUGGGAGGGCUUAGUUGCACUACAAAGUAACUUGUGGAGAUGGUGGGAAGCUGUGAUACAAUCAGCAAGGGAGUCUGAAGGAAAAGCUAGAAACAAGUUAACAUUCCAGAGUGAGAUUGUGGAUGCAAAAGUAAUAGUAGACAAAGCUCAACAAGAAUGGAUCGAGUAUGAGGCAGCAAAUGAAUCAGACACAAGAGCAAAGUUAUCUCUAGAAAUGGAGGGACGGGUCCAACAGCGAUGGGAGCCUCCUAAGGAAGGAACAAUGAUGAUCAACACAGAUGCUGCAAUUUCAACUAAAAUGGUCAGAUCAGGAUUGGAGAUCAUAGCAAGGAACUGGCAUGGGGUGAUAGUGAAAGCUAAGGGAAUCACUGAGAGAAGGAAAGGGGAAGCAGCCACAGAGGAAACUCUAGCAAUCAGAGGUGCGCUGGAAAUGGCUCAAGAUGCAGGAUAG